UGAGGGUGGAGCCAUCACAAACAAACUACACCUCCCAUGUAGCACGUCGGUGAGGGCGCUUCAGCUCGGUUUAGCGUUUGGAAAAAAAAAAGUUACCUAAUUAUUUCCAGACUACAGUAGACUCCCCUUUUCUCAAACUGAAGCUGUGGCAAGUUUAAUAACCUAACAGAAAUAAAGCAUAGCUGCCACAGCAGAGAACCAAAGAUGCCCACUGAACCUGGCGCGGUCCAAAUAGUGACCGUCAAUAAGGAGGAUCACUCCUUUGGUUUGGACACAAAAGCACUCGAACAAGUACUCCUAGCACCUGAGAUCCGAGAUAUGGAAGUGGUGGUGGUGUCUGUUGCUGGUGCUUUUCGCAAGGGAAAGAGUUUUCUCCUGGACUUCAUGCUUCGGUACAUGUACAGGAAGCCCGGUCAGGACUGGCUUGGUCGGGAGGACGAGCCCCUCACAGGAUUCUCUUGGAGAGGAGGCUCAGAGCCUGAGACCACAGGCAUCCAGCUGUGGAGUGAAGUCUUCACUGUGAGGAAAAGUAAUGGCACAGAGGUGGCAGUGGUGCUUAUGGACACGCAGGGAGCAUUCGAUAACCAGUCCACUGUGAAAGACUGUGCUACAAUCUUUGCCCUCAGCACCAUGACCAGCUCAGUGCAGAUAUACAACCUUUCACAGAAUAUCCAAGAAGAUGACUUGCAGCAGCUUCAGCUGUUCACAGAGUAUGGCCGACUGGCACUGGAUGAAAUCUUUUUAAAGCCCUUUCAGUCACUCAUGUUUCUGAUAAGAGACUGGAGCUUCCCCUACGAGUACACCUAUGGGUUGAAGGGAGGCAGUCAAUUCUUGGAUAAACGGCUCCAGGUGAAGGAAUCUCAACAUGAGGAGCUGCAGACAGUGAGAAAGCACAUUCAUUCCUGUUUCACGUCUAUUUCCUGCUUCCUGUUACCACACCCUGGCUUGAAGGUUGCCACGAGCCCUUCAUUUCAGGGACAACUCUGUGAUGUGGCUCCAGAGUUUAAAACUGAGCUAUGCAGCCUCAUUCCCAUGCUGUUGGACCCUGACAGACUGGCUGUGAAGGAGAUCAAUGGCAACAAAGUGACAUGCAGGGGUUUGCUGGAGUACUUCAAGUCAUAUAUUAAAAUAUAUCAGGGUGAAGAUCUACCACACCCAAAGUCUAUGCUGCAGGCUACAGCUGAGGCUAACAAUUUGGCAGCUGUGGCAUCCGCUAAGGACCAGUAUUACAAGAAUAUGGAGAAGGUCUGUGGUGGGGAUCUGCCCUAUGUGGCACCUGACUCUCUGCUGGAGAAGCAUAACUUCUUCAAGGGUGAGGCCCUCCAUCUCUUUAGCAGCAUUAAGAAGAUGGGUGGGAAGGACUUCUGUGCCCCUUAUCAGGCUCAGCUAGAGUCUGAGCUAAAUGAACUCUACGAGUCCUUCAGCAAGCACAAUGAGUCAAAGAACGUUUUCAGCGCAUUCCGCACACCAGCAGUGCUUUUUGUCCUGGUUUGUCUCUUGUAUGUGCUCUCGGCGCUUUUACUGUUCAUUGGCCUGGGCAGUGUUUCGUUCGCAUGCGACUGUAUGCUGGGUCUGGCCAUGGUAGCUAUGCUCACCUGGGCCUUCAUUCGCUACUCUGGCCAGUACCGAACUGUUGGCAUUGCCAUAGACCAGGCGGCUGGGGUGUUACUGGACCAGGCUACAGGAAUGCUGAAUAAAUCAAGAACCCAAGCAAUUACGCAAGACAAAAAAGCAAGAUAGCUUUUUGGGCUAAUCAGAGAUUCCAGAUUGAGAUACAAACAGCACAACACAAAUUCGACCAAUCAUUUGACAACAAAUAUUGCUAACACUUUCCUAAGCAUGGCACUUAAACCUGUCUUCUGUUGCAACGUAUUUUCUCUUAAAAAGGUGCAAUCGGUGUAUUUUACCAUGACAAAUAGUAUACCAUAUUUGACUUAUUUGUUUUUUCUUUCAUGAAAAUUUGGUUUGAUCUCAAUUGUUAAUUGCAAAAAGCCUAUUAUUCAGAUAUUCAGCUCCUAUGAAAAUGUACUGAUUGUAUCUUUUUUUAAGAAAAAUGUAUGUUGUCAAAAAAGUACGUCAUCAGACAACUUACCAGGCACAAGAUUGCUUUUGCACAAGGUCUGUCCUCCUUAAAGGAGAUGAAGUAAUUGUUUACAAGUACUUAUUUUAAUAUUACCAAAGAUCUUGCCCUUUGUAGUAAGACUCACAGACACCUUUCAUGGCAGUUUAUGUCAUACAGGAAGUUGCACUGGACAUAAAUGUCUUUUUCGUAUUUAUAUCUUUACACAAAAAGCCAUGACUUUAUUAAAACUCACACUUGAUAUAAUAAGAUCUGGUAUACUGUAAAAGAAAUGUAAUAACACUAUAAUGUGUACCAUUUACAGAACAUUGUUACUUUAGCACCUGUAUGGGAUUAUGUAUACAUUCCAUCUUUUCAACAAACUUGAACAUUGCAUUUGCUUUAUACUCCUUUGGAAUUUUGUGUGUUUGUGUUAUUGUCGUGUCUUCUGUUUUGGGAGUUAAAAAUUGUACUCAUCAGAAAAGACCUGGCCACAUUAGCACAUUAAAUUGUUGGGUGCUUUUAAAACAACUGUGGUAAGAAAUCAUUUAAAACUUGGUCUUUAGUUCCAUUGUAGCCACAUGGUAGUUAACCAAAUUAGGAAGCGAUGCGCUGAGAGGUCAGUCUGAUUCAAAUUGAGUUUUUUUGUUUUGUUUUGGGUUUCUUUUGUUUGUUGGUUGGUUGACAAUGUUAAUGACAGUGUCACGGUUUUUCUACAUCAUCUCCUAUAACUGUUACUGCUCCUUUGCUGAUUAAAUAAGUGAUGCACUCUUGCACUCUUCUUUGUCAUAAAAUUAUUCUUUUCUGAGUUUUUCCUCUGUGUUGUUUUAAUAUUUCGCCCUAGGUUCUGUUACAAACUGAAACUGUAAUCACAUUGCAUUUUACCUUUAAGUUAAUUAAACAUAAGUCUUGUGGAUAAUGUGGAGUUUAGAUAUCAGGCUUAUAUGGGAACAAUUUGUUUGUUUGUUUGUUUUGUUUUCAGUGAAGAUCUGAGUCAUGUGAUCACUCAGCUUGCAAGUUACGGAUCUGUCACAUUCUUUAUACACAUUUUAUGGCAUCUUAGCCUCACUUAUGGCCUCUGCUUGUGUAUAGUAGUUUUAUUCAUUCAGGCAAUGCAAAGGACCAGCUUUAAAUCUGCCAAGUGUUCUUGGUAUAUGAAGAGCUCUAUUCAUAUAGCAAUGUUACAUUUCCUUAUGCAUCCCAUUAAAAGUCAUAUGCAUGUGA